AUGGAAUGUAAAUCUAAAUUUCUAGCUCACUCGAUUCUUAUCUUUUUCCCUCUUCUUCGACCCUUCUUCGCUCUUCGCCAACCGAUUCAGAUUGCUAGAUCAAGUCAAGGUCGGAAAAACGUCAACGGAAUUCGGUUUGACGAGAAAAAGGAAAAGAACGAUGAAGGAAGUAAGGAAAUCAGACAACAAUUAAGAAGAGAAGAAGACAACAUGGUGUCAAUCGUCAUUUUUAUCAGAAUUCUUCGCUUGACGUCGCCGGAUAGCUAUCAACUGAUGCUGUUAUAG